ACCAAAACAUCAUGCGUAUCCGGUACCCUGCAAAGACCACCCUGGUGCUUUGUUUACGCAGAGAUGCUGGUUUUGGUAUUAAGACGGUGGGCCUAGCCAAGAUCAAGAAAGGACGAGUGUUGAUAUUUGUUUGUUUUUUUAACUAGGUCUAGUUUUGUGUAAUUUAGGUAGCCAGACAAUGCCUAAUUGUCCUAUGUGUGAGAAACCUGUUUACUUUGCGGAAAAGAAAACCUCACUUGGGAGAGAUUGGCACAGAGGAUGUUUAAGAUGCAACAGAUGUAAUAAAGUUCUCAACUCUGGUCAACAUGCAGAGCACGAAGGGAAGCCGUACUGUAACAUGCCUUGUUAUUCUGCUUUGUUCGGACCAAAAGGUUUCGGUCAUGGAGGGACAGAAAGUCACUGUUAUUAAAGAAAAAUUAUAAAACAACUGCCAACAUAUAUGCCAUAUCAGUGUCUUCCAUUAAGGUGCCUUAAAUAAUAGCAUUUAAAUGUUAUGUUCCAUUUUCUUUCCAUAAUUUCUUGCUUUCAUUGAUAGUAUAAUGUGACAUUUAUUCUGUAUAGUGGAUAUUUCAAUACACUGCCUCUAUUCGCUUUACAUUGUUACCCCCAUUACUGGCUCAAUCACCUGGAACACAUCCUCAGCUGUGGAGCACAAUCCCAUAGGGCGAGGCUCUUUUCAUACCUUGUUUAGUGAACCCACCACCUGCCAAUAAUGAUAAUUUUGAAUAAAAAUAACAUUUUAUUUUUGGCCAAUUAGCUUACCCACCGCCAUGAAAAAAAUAUCAAUUUCAGAAAAAGACGAAAGUUUUUUAAAAAUUUGGUUAUGCCCGCCGCUGCCUUGAAAUCUCCAAAAAAUAAGAUAUGUAUGUUUCUUCCUAAUUAUAUAAAUUUAAAUUAUUUAAUCCUAUUGCUACACUGUUUGCAUUCACCAAUACAAAUUUAUGUUUAGUUUUUCCUCCAUGUGGAUGUUUUUAUCAAAACUCUUUGCUUAAAGAAAACAAAAUUGUAUUUUUAUUUUCUUUUCCAUCUUGCACAGCAAUGGUUUCGAACCCCUGACCUCAAAGUUGAAAGUCUGAGUCCCAACUCUUGUGCAUUCUGCUUCCACAUUACAGUAAUUUGUGAAAUCUCAUCCCACCUACCUGAAUUCCCUGCCCCCUCUACUCACCUGGAUUUCCCCUCACUCCAACACACUAAUUUUUUCAUUCAUUCCAUUUAGUAACAUUACAACACUUUUCAUUACAUAACAUAUUCGUAAAUAGCAUUAUAGGGCACUUAGAAACAAAUGAUGUGUGUUUGAUCUUUAUUGAUUGUUCUUUAUGUUUUAGAGUUUCUUACAUUUUGUUUAUGUUAUGACUUGGACUGGUUGUGAUAUUUUUCUUUUUUUUUGUAAACUUUUUUUUUUAUUUUAUACCAAAUUGAUGUUUGCGUUGAUUAUGAUUAUUUUUUAUUUGACAAUAUUAAACAUUAGAUAGAUUUUUUAAGAGGCUUGUGAAAUGAUUAAUUCAGUGCAUUGAUAAACUUAUUUUACUAUUGGGAGUGUUUAGAGACAUAAUUAGUUACUCUGUAUAUAGGUUUGAUUUUUUUUAAUCUGUAGAAAAACAAUGAAUUAUGCUGCACUGUUUUUUGCUCUGAAGUCGUUUUCUGCUAUUGCUUCAGCAUUACUAAACUGUUUUAUUGUAAGAAACAUUUAAUUCAAAUACAAUUGUUGUUAAGGAAGAAUUUAAGACAUUUUUGUACUUGAUAGUAACAAUAUCUAAGAAACACAGUGAUGAAAAUAUGUACCUGGGUAUACAAAAAACUCCAUAGAUUGCCAUAUAAAGUGUUUAUGUAUAAAUGUAUGAAAUGUCUACACAAAUGAAGCCAUAUACAUGGAUACAGUAAAUACAUAACUAUGUAGGCCUAUAUAAUGCAAAGUAUCAUAUGUGAAUAUAUAAAAACUAUAUAUUGCCAUAUUCAUUGUUCAUAUUAAUGUAUGAAAUGUCUACAUAUAUGAAGCCAAAUUUAUGAAUACUGUAUACAAAAAACUACUGUAUGUAGGCCUAUAUAAUGCAAACUGUCCAUAGGUGAAUAUAUAAAAAAAAUCCAUAGAUUGCCAUAUAAAGUGUUCAUGUGUGAAUGUAUAAAAUGUCUGCAUAUAUGAAGCCACAUUUAUGUAUACAGUAUAUACAUAACUAUGUAGGCCUAUAUAAUGCAAAGUUUCAAAUUCACAGUGUCAAAUGUGAAUAUAUAAAAACUAUAUAUUGCCAUAUAAAGUGUUCAUAUAUGAAUGUAUGAAAUGUCUCUACAUAUAUGAAGCCACUUGUAUGAAUACAGUAUACACGUAACUAUGUAUGCCUAUAUAAUUCAAAAUUUCCGUACAUGAAUAUAUUAUAAAAAUGUGUUCAUAUAGAAAUACAGGGUCAAUAGGUCAAUAUAAUGUGAAUACAGUACAGUAAUAUUAAGUCAAAAAGGUCAAAGGUUUUUACAGAUUGAAUAUUGAUUUUGAUUGUUGUAGUUUUACUGUGGUUGCAUAAUUGUUGUGAUGUGUGUUGCUGUUAAAAAAGCAUUUUCCAAAUAAAUAUUAUUAUUAUUAUUCAGUCAAAAAGGUCAAAGAUUUUUACAGAUUGAAUAUUGAUUUUGAUUGUUGUAGUUUUACUGUGGUUGUAUUAUUGUUGUGAUGUGUGUUGCUGUUAAAAAAGCUUUUUCCAAAUAAAUAUUAUUAUUAUUAUUAUUAUUCAGACAUUUUUAAUUUAAGUACCAGAAAACAUUAUGUUCUUUCACAGUAUAUUUUCACAUUUAAAAAUGCAGUAUUAUUAACCACCUUGGUAUUACUAUUCUUUCUUAAGACAAGUUUACUAGAAUUUUAGAUAUUUGUUUACUUUGUUAGAGGGCAAGUACCCAUGCUUGGAAUAAUCACCCAACACUGUAUAAAAUAUAUGUUCCCUAUUGAAGUACUAUAUAUGAAAACUUAGGCGGCCGUUCAUCAGUAUAUGGAAAUAUAAACUCCCUUCCAUUACAAAGGAGUGUCCACUUAUGGUCAGGCUGGUGUGUGGUUGUAGGAGAGUUUAGAAGAUAUGAAAAUAUGUUUAUGAAAGAACAUAGUUAAUAACAUAAUAUGAAUUACUAUAAUAAGAAUUAUCACAAAAAAAAGUUUUUUACAGUGAAAAAAUAGUGUUGUUUUAAAUUAAUGUACAAUAGCACACUUUCAAGGAAUUAUUUUACAUUUUGAAUACAGUAUUAAUCACCUUGCUAAUAUUAUUUUCGAAGAUACUGUAUAUUUGCUGUGUAUGUUUGAGAACAGUUAUACUUUGCUAAGUUCUACAACCAUUAACGGUGCUAUGUAUUGAAAUAAGUAAUUAAGUCUUUCUCUGUUUUACUAUAUUUGAGUUCCUUUUUCUGUGGUCCCAUAUUAACAAAUGUCUUUUAUCUUUAUUAUUCUAAUUAGAGACCAAAGCUGCUAAAUACCAUGGAAAUAUCGCCCCCAAAGUGGUCUUUAAUUGGAUGGAGACCUCUAUUUAAGUUGCUAGAAACUUCCAAAUAGGUAGAACUUGAAUACAUCCUCAUACUCAGACAUUCCAGUUUAUAAUAUUCUGGCUAAACUUUAUAGUACGGAAGCUUAUAGUGACCUUACAGAUGUAGACAUGACGAGAUAAUUAUCUAGACAUCUGGAAGGUCACUAUAAGCUUCUGUAUUAUAGCGUUCAGUUAUUUUUCAACAUGUUAUGGUAUGAAAUUAAACUGGUGUUUUAUGCACAAUAUAUUCAUUUUUUAUGUGAAUUUUCUAAACAAUAUUUUUACUUUGUGUGUGACCAGGGAGUUGUUAUACAACUCCCUGGUGUCACAUAGUAUUUUAUAUUUCUGGUUUCCUGUAUUCAUUAACAAAACAUUGAUUUUUGUAUCCAUAACUUUGCCGUUAUUUGUUUUUAAAUUGUGUUAACAAUUUUUAUGUGCUCAUUUUAAUAAAAUAAUGUUUGUAACUGA